AUGGCAAGGCGUGAGGCUGUCCCGGAUGCGGUGUCCCCGACAAUGUGCGUUCUCCGUCUGGGCACGGGCAACGCUUUAGCUUACGUCACAGGCGCUCAGAAAAACUUCUUCGGCGACCUCGACCAUCUCGUCCAGGAGCUGGCGGACGAGAAAAAACCGGUCCCUGAAAUCCCGACGAGCACGAUCACGGUGAUUCCAGAGGACUACAUGUGGCUCCGCGACAAAACCAAGGACAGCACGGUACUUCGCAAGCUUGUUCACAACCCCUUCGGCUACGUAGUGGCCUUGCUGAUGCGGACCCUGCCAGCCACCAUGCGUGGGGAGCAUGUCUUUCACGUCAAGGUCACCAAUCUUGCGGACAAGGCCUACUACAUGGACUCUCGUCGCGGCGAUUGGGCGUUGAAGCAUGAGAAGGACGCCGUCAUCUACGAAGGAGAUGUUGGCAUCGUCAGUGUGGGUACCGUUCCUUUUUAUGGAGGUGGCUUCCGACUCUUUCCCUUUGCGGGCAUGCGCCCGGGCUAUGCGCACCUGCGCCUUUCCCACAUCCACCCAGCAGUGGCGACCUUCAACAUCCGCCACCUGUGGCAGGGCACCUACCGUGACCACGAGCACGUGCACGACUUCUUGGUGAAGGAUGUGAUGCUGGAGGUGGACCGGCCGACGCCACUGCACCACAGCGGGGACUUUAUGGGCACAGCGAGCAAGGUUCGACUGAAGGCAUCCAACUUCAGCAAUUGGGACGGUUGGGUCAAUGUUUUGGCGUUUCGGGUUUCUGGCUUUGAGGCCGUGUGUCCGGGUUUCUCCAAGGUGAACGGAGAUGGUGAGACACGGCUGGUGGACUUCUUCGGAGCUUUAGACCGACGACUGGAUGGUACUACCACCACAUCCUCCUAUGUCGCCACCUCCUCCUUGGGCGGCCAAGCGUAUGCCGGGGCCGGGGAAGCCUGCAGUGCCGUCUGCUCCUCCUGGAACUACUGCUGCAAUGACUGGCAGCUCGGGAGCAAUCAGUACAUCUCCUGUGCGCAGGCGUGCAUGAUGCGCUACCGAGGGGAGUCGGAAGACUCUAUCCGAUCGCAAUGCCUUGAGCGGCAAUGCGCCGCCGAUGUGGGUGGCUUCGCCUAUGCUCUGUGUGCGAAGUGUGAAGACCUGCAUGAUGGUUGCCAGCUUGGGGUGCAGGACGAGUGGGCCUGCUACGCUGGUGCUUCUGUCGAAGUGUGCCAGCCUUCCAUUUACGAGGACGGCAAGGUCGUUACACUUUACCACCCCAGCUCCAAAAGAUAUUUGGGCGUUGGCAGCUACGCUGGAUCUGGCCGGAGGAUUACCGCGCUGCAUGGGGGCUUAGGCGACGAAAUUGGGUCGCUCUGGCAGCUUCGGUUUACAGAUGGUGGCGUGCAGUUCCUCUCUGUGGGACAAAGUGGCCCGGCGAGCGACUUCCUGCCGGACGACCGACCGCUGGGAAACGACUGGUUUCUUGCCGGCUGUGGAAUGGAGAGUGUGAUCAACGUCGAUGCGCCGAGGACUUUCUCGCUUCGUCAGAGCAUCAGCUCCAGCGUCCUCUUCUCUGUCUCAACCCACGACCUUACCUGCAGCCCCGCCGGGCGAUUUGGCGCCGAAUGGGAACUUUUGGUGGAAGAGUUUCCAAGGAAGGCGCAUGUCUGUGGCGGUUACACUGCUGCCACCUCUGCAGCCAAAGCAGCCCACUCUGCUUUGUUGGCCGGUGCCUUGAGCGCGCCCAAACCCCUUCGGCUCCCUUCGGGCCAGGGCCAGGGAUCCGAGUAUCCGGUGCGCCUCGGCACGAAGGCGGUGACGAAGCUUCUGGAGCUCGAGGCAAAACAGCUAUGGAUACCACUGUUACGAUUACGGCCGCUAGGCAUGCCGACAGAUGGCGAGAAAGACAAAGUUCCAAGCUCACCACAAAGUGUAUGCCGACGCGCUGUGCUGCGAGUGACCGGCAUGACUUGCUCCAAUUGCUCAUCCGCUGUGGAGAGGGCCCUGAGUCAGCUAGACUUCGUGGAGCGCUGUCAGGUCGACUUGAUCAACUCGCGGGCUUCCAUCGAUUACAGUGGCAGAUCUGGCGCUGGGCCGGGCCUUCAGGAUCUCUGCGACGAGGUGGAGAACAUCGGCUUCGAGGCGUCAGUGUUGGAAGACUUCCAGGUUCUCGACUGUGAGGCAUCGCCCGGAGGGCGGAUGUCGCUGGACCUGCUGGUCUCCGGGAGCGAAGGAAAAGGCUGCAAUGUGGCCUCUGCCACCGAGGUGCUGCUAAGGCUGCCAGGGGUCCUCGAAUGCUUGCCAGGCUCGGAGCAACGUCUCCGGGUUGCCUUUGACCCGACGCAGGUCGGUGCAAGGGACUUGCUUGGACAGCUGCUACUUGUGCCUAGAGACAAGCCCAUCGUGGUGCUUCUCCUGCUCGGUGCUUUGGGUACCUUGUGCCAAUGGAGCACCCUGACUCUGGCGCAGGUGCCCGCCUAUAUGCCACCAGUGGCGACUCUCCGUCCUGGACCGAGGUACGACUUGGCUGGGCGACAGCCUCGGUACUACCAGGAAGAGGCUGUAAACCUUUUUUUCGCAUCUGCGAAGACCAUUCGUCAAGAGAAGGGCAGGCCCAUGCGGCUCCAGCUGGCAGGAGGAACUGGCAAGACUGCGAUUUACACCAUGAUUGCACAGCGCACUUUGCGCAACAAGCCAUUGGCCCGCAUUGUGAUCUUCGUCCCCUGGAAGGCGCUGGCAGAACAAACCCAUCAGAAGCUUACCGAGUGCGGGCUCAAGACCUGCAUAGUGGGUGAUGGUUUUGCCAGGGUAGAUAGAUCAGUUUGCGUUUUCAACAGUGCUUGCCGUUUGCGCGGGCAAGGGUUCGCUGUGAAGUUGAUUGACGAAGCGCAUCACACGGAGGGUGAGGGAUUCUUCACCAACAUCAUGCGCCAUCAGAUCCGCGCGGACCUUGAGGGUGACUUCUCGGCCACCUUCCGGGCAAGCGAGGUGGACUACAGCUACGGCUUCGACAAGGCGGUGAAGGAUGGAUAUCUUUGUGACAUGCAGAGCUUCAUCCUGCCCCUGGUGGCAAGAUGCAAGGGAGAGGAGUAUGCAAAGCUGGUCAAAAUUGUGACAGAGAGGAAGGCAGAAUGGUCUCCCAUGCUCAUCCUCUUCAAUCGCAUCGAGACUGCGAAAGCCUUCUCCGACAUCCUGAAUGCACACGACGUCCCAUCUGCCGUGGUGAGCCACAGGGAUGGGAGAAACCUUCGACAGUACCACCGCCAAGCUUUCGAGGACGGAGAGCUAAAGGUCCUUUGCACGGUCAAAGUUUUCAACGAGGGCACCGACCUUCCCAUGCUCCGCUCCGUCAUCAUGGCCGAACCAAGGCCGACCAGCGAUAUUGGCGUCGUGCAAGCAGCGAUGCGCGCGCUGCGGCCACACGGAAGCAAGCCGGACAACAAGGCGUGCGUCGUACAGGUCGUCAACCCCGGAGUGGACUCGACAGAUCAUUACGUGAAAAAG